AUGCUUUCAAACUAUUCCUUCUCAAACUUCACUUCUGAUCUCCCAAUCUCUCGUAACCCAACCCAUGCUAUCUCAAGCUCAUCUACCUCCGGUUCAGGAACUAUCAUGACCCGUGAAGCUGCUGCUGAACUCUUUAAUAAUAAUAAUAAUAAUAAUAAUAAUAAUAAUAAUCACAACAACAACUCUAAUAUUCAUGCAAUGUUCCCAUAUGAUAUCUUCUCUGAUAAAAACUCUUAUCACAUCAAAUUUACCCUCCCUGGAGUCCCCCCAGAAAAUGUAAACGUCGAAUUCGAUUACAAUGCUAACGAACUUAGUAUCUCUGGAAAACUCAAAUCAAGAUGGCCAUCUAAAUCUUCAAAAUCAAACAGUUGGACUGAUGGUGCUUCCUGCUCAUUUGCCCGUUGUAUUGCUUUCCCAUCAACCGUCCAUUUCUUAGAACCUAAAACAACUGCCAUUUGGGUCUUUGGUGUUCUUGAAAUCACACUCUACAAAGACAAAUCAUAUGAAGCUUCUCAUAACUUUAAAAAAUUAACUAUCGUUGAUUCUAAAGAUGUCCGCGAAAUUGCUCCUAAAAAAAUCCUUGCAAUUGAUCCUCCCCCAGGUUCAAUGCCUCCAGAAAACUUUUCAACAUAUCAACCCUCUUCAAAAAAUAAAACUUCUCCUGAAUCUAUCCGUUCAAUUCCAAUCUCAAUGUCUUCAAAAAAGAAAAACAAUACUCCCCCCAUUGUUGCUCCCUCUUCUGCUUCAAUCAUGUCUUCUUCUUCCUCUCGCUACCCAGAAUCCACUCGUUCUUCUUCUUCUUCUUAUUCUACUUCCUCUUCUCUUAAUUCUACUCCAUCUGUUCGUUCAAUGGCUGCUCCCUCAAUUCGAUCUGUCUCUUCUGGAAUCCCUGGUUCAAUCUCUGGAUCAUUGACCCAUGAUGAUACAAUCUCAAUUCGUUCUGGUAAUUCUGCCAUCUCUGCUUACUCCUACCAAUCUGCAAAAUCAAAUGUUUCUGACCACCCAGUUCAAGAAUCACAAUCCCUACUUGGCCGUCUUUCUGCUCUUGCUUUUGGAUCAACUUCUUCUAACCAAGAUUCUGAUUCACAAUCAAUUCGAUCAACAAAUAGUACUAGUACUCUAACCCCAGAAAACUACCAAUCUACUGAAUCUGUCAAAUCUGGAUAUGCUGGAUCUUCAAAAUCAAAGUACCCAGAAUCAACUAAAUCUACAGCUUCUUCAAAUUAUCAUGCUCAUGAACUCUCCGCUUCUGUCAGCGUUCGUUCUUCCAAAACUGGCAAAUACCAAGAGUCUGUCCGUAGCUCAAAGUAUGAGGAAUCAGUCCGCAGUUCUAAGUAUGAACCUUUUACUAGAAGUUCAAAGUAUGAGCCCUCUACAAGAAGUUCAAAGUACGAGCCCUCUACUAGAAGCUCCAAUUACGAAGAAUCUGUUCACAGUUCCAAAUAUGAGCCCUCCACAAAAAGCUCCAUCUAUGAAGAAUCAUUUUACAGCUCCAAGUAUGAGCCUUCUACUAAAAGUUCCAAAUAUGAAGAAUCAGUGCGUAGUUCUAAGUACUCUACCCGCUCAAACUCAACCCUAGACCGAUCAGUCCAUUACUCAGAAUCUGUGAAAACCUCGUCACGCUAUGAGCCAUCAGUCCGUAGCGAUUACGCGUCUAGUUUCUAUGCAGUCGAUGCCAUUGCAGCUGCCGCUAGGGAAAAGGAAAAAGAAGAUGUUGCUAGUUUUCCCACACCUUCUCCAUCUGUUCGUUCAGGGAAGUCUUCAUACUCGUUUUGGAGCAAGAAGAAUUGA